AUGUCGACGACGGACCACCUCUCUCGCCCGGAACGCGGUUCCCACCCCGAAAACGAGAGCCAGCUCAAUUACCAGAGCCACAGUCACGGUUCGACCUCCCUUCAAAACCAAAACCAGACUCACGGUCAAGCUCAGGUUCCACAUGGCCAUGGUCAAAACACCGGCUCGAUCUCCGGGCAUCAGAAAGGCAAAUCGUCGCACCGGUGCACGUACGAAGGGUGUGGAAAGACGUUUGCGACGAUCGCGCAUAUGAAGCGGCACUUGAAGACACACUCGGGCCUUCAACCGUACGAAUGCAACUAUUGCCUCAAACGAUUCGGGAGGAGUGACGUUAGGAACAAGCACGUACAAUCUACACACGAGACGGAAAAGAAUGGGGGAAGUGGGCUUGUUGGGGUGAGAGGUCCGAGGAGGAGAAGGUUUGGAAGUAGGACGGUCACAGAGGCGGAUGGAAGGGAGAAGACCCCCGGCGAGAUGAGCGGGCAUGAUGAAGAGGCGGGGACGCCAGGUGUAAACGCAGUCACCGGGAAGGCCCGAUCGUAUUCCAUGCCAGGUGGGCUGAAGCGACCUGCAUCGGUGAUCAAGGCGGAACCCAUCUCUCCCAUCUUACUCGCCACGGCAGGUUCAGUAUCGGGCCUAGGAGGAGGUCUACCUGGAUUAUCUUCUUUUGGGUCAUACCGACCUCCCCGACGAGACACCUUUGAGGAGGAGAAGCUUGAAGACGUCCUGCUAGAGGAUAUCAACAGGCGGGCGCAAGAGCAUCCGAUACAAACAACCACGCCCCGAACGGUCAGCUUCCUAAGCUACAUGCCGCCCGCGUCGGGACCGACAUCGGCGUCGUCCAUGUCCAUGUUGUCCUCUUCUUCCGCCUCGGGGGGUUUGCCGACUUCCUCAUCGAUCUCAUCGGGCAUGUCGUUCCAGUCACCGACGUACAACCAGUUGCCACCCAUCAAGUGGGAUGGAGGGUACUUUUCCGAAUCGACGGAACAGAGGUUGGGGAAGAACAAACAGGACGAAACGUUGAGUUAUGCUAUCCCGGGCGUGCGACAGGAGCCACAACAGCCGGUCUCCUCGUAUCAUCAACAUGCGCUGGGCUCGUCGAUGCACUCGCAGUCGUUACCUCAGCGAACUCCGAUGUUUCACUCGCGACCCAUGCUUUACAAUAUGGACCCGUCCCAAUCGUUGACUUCACGAAGUACCUUCGCUCCAGAUCCAUUGCCUUUCCACCCCGGGCAUACAUCUUCGCUCUCGCACCCGCCCUCAUUCUCACUCCCGAACCCGAACACGCCUUCCUUCGGCUUAGGCCAGAGUCUCCCCGCUGGACCUCUGGACAAUCUCCCAAAUUUGAACGUGUAUAUCCCGCGGACGUCGAUGUACGGCAACGGACCGAUGUCUGCUCCCGCCCAAUCGGAUCUCGCAAGGUACAACUCUAUACCGAGCCUGGGAGCGACGGGGUAUGAGACGAUGAAGUCGACAUCGAAUCUCGCAGGCAGAUCGGUGGAUCCAGUUCAAGAGGCGAAGCAGUAUGACGGUAAGAACGGGCAUCCUCGCGGUGAUCGUCAUCUGUUAUUGAAGCGCUAA